AUGUAUAAGAAUUAUGCACUUGACACGUAUUAUUAUCGAGGAAAGUUCCUCUACGAAAUGUUAAUCACAAGUGAUCAUUCGAACUUAUCUGAUAUUGACAAUAGAACGAGAAACUCGUCCGAUUUCUCACAAGAAUUUCAACCAAUAUGGAUUAGUUUAUCCUUAAUUAGCAUUAUUAUAUUCACUGUCGGUGGUAAUAGUCUUGUUUGUAUAGCUGUUCUACGUGAAAGACAUUUACAAAAUACAACUAAUUAUUUUUUAACGUCACUUGCAAUCACUGACUGUCUCGUUGCAUGUCUUGUUAUGCCAAUUGCUGUCGCUGUGGAAUUUAUCGGAUAUUUUCCAUUUGACUCUUUAACAUGUAAUAUUUGGUUGACGUUUGAUGUUUGCUGUUGUACAUCAUCGAUAUGGCAUAUGAGUGUUAUGUCAUUGAAUCGCUAUCAAACACUACGAUAUCCGUUGAAAUACGGACGAAAUAAACGUCGGAGUUUAGUGACAUAUAAGAUCAUUACAAUUUGGAUAAUAUCAUUUGCAAUAUGUCUGCCAUUAUUUAUUUUGGCUCUAAUCGAUUCAUCGAAUGUGUAUAAUGAAAAGACACGCGCGUGCUUUCCUACUCAUCGAACAUUCAAAAUCUAUGGUUCAUUUGUUGCUUUUUUCAUUCCAUUGAUUAUCAUGAUUGUAACAUAUGCAUUGACAAUGACAGCGUUGCAGCAAGCUCAUACGACCAAACGAGAGCGUACUAAACGACGAAAAAAGAUUCGUGCUGUAGUUAAUCUCGCUGCCAUGGCUGUCAAAUGGAAACGAGCAGUGAAUGCAGUCGAGAUACCAGACGACAAACCGUCUUUGUCAACGACGAAUUCAAAUCAUGGAUCGGUAGCAGUAGAAAAGGAAUUACCAGUAAAUUAUCAACGAAAACGUUCAUCGUCGCUAUUGAUGGCUGAACAACCAAAAAAAUCAAUAUUUAUUUCUCAUCAACGUCUAGAUGAAUAUCCGCAACGUGCUCCAUCGUUGCGAAUCCAUAUGCGUCGAGAGAAAUCUCCUGAUCAAAUGUCAAAUCAACAUCUAAAUGUGAGUACUCCGAAUAACUUACAAACACCUACACGACGUUCGCAUUCGUGUACGCCAUUCUUGGAUGCGAAAAAUGCGCGUAAAAAUCGACGGCGGAGUUCGUCUGUACAUACACUCUUGCAAAUCCGUCGUAAUUCGGCGAAAAUCAGUGAAGAAUUAGCUAAUCUAACUGCUCAAUUAUCAGCAUCUGCAUCCAAUGCUGAUCCUUCUAGUAAACGAGCUUCACUUUCAGUUCCGGCGCCUUAUGAUCGAACAGAUAAAGAAACACCAACUAUAGCUCAAUUACUUGCGGAAGCAAGUGUCAAUCAACCGAUUGUUAUUCCCACGUCUUUUCUCACUGUUAACCCCAAACGACGUCGACGAUCAAAUAGUGCUGAUAUUCGAUUACCAAUAUUUGAUACCAAUGAGAGGAAAACAUCGACAUCGAAUUUACCUGUACCAAAUCUUCUCGUUACACAUGACAGUCCUCAUACUAGCCUGUCGAAUGAUCACUCGGAAUGCAAAAAGCAUCAUUCGACCAUUGAUGUAACGUGUCAACGUAUUAAAGAUUGGAUCAUCACAACAGCAUCGUCAACUACUCUGAAUAAUCUACAUCAAACACAAAUUCCUCUACGGUGUGCAUCAGCUAUCAAUAUCACUGAAAAUACUCCAAUAUUAAAUGGUCCAAAGCAAAAUUUUCCACCCUUAACUCGUCUUAAAAAACAUUUCCCUCGUAUCGAACAACUGUAUGGUCAGACAUCAACACCAAAUACCACAUUCCAACCGCAGCAACAUUUACUUGUCGACGAUCACGUACCAUCUGUGCAACACUUCGCUGUUGGUAAACGUGCAAGUAUUUAUUCUUUAACAUCAUCAAUCUUAGCGUCUCGUUCUUCUCGAUAUAAUCGGCCAAGUACGUCAUCUUCCUUAGGUUCAUCAUCCCUUCAAGGAACUAUACGUCGCGCUCAUCCCCGCCUGAAAGAUAUCGUCUCCCAAGUUAGCUUCCAAAUGGUUUCACUAGACACCGACGACACAUCGUCGUGCACAUCUAGUCUCACCUAUCACUCCGCUCAACUUCAAUCUGCUAUAGCAGGUACGGCAAAUACAAUAACAAAUCGUCAGCGAAAAAAACGUCAACGAUUUAAAAGUUCUGUGAAAAAGUGUGCAACCAAUGAACGUAAAGCAAUGCGUGUAUUACUUAUUAUUUUUUCUAUCUUUGUUAUUUUAUGGACACCGUUUUUUGUUAUUAAUCUUAUCUCUUGCUUCGUUUCGGAUAUUCAUCCACUUUUAGCGGCAGUGGCCACAUGGCUUGGCUAUUGCUCAUCCUGUGCCAAUCCAAUUAUUUAUACAAUUUUUAGUCGAACAUUUCGGCAAACGUUCGUCAAUAUUCUAACAUGUAGAAAAACUAUUCAUCCACGUCCAUCAUCUCAAAUGUUCAGUCCAUCUGCUGGUCAUUCAAUGACAAUGUCCGCUGGGCGCAAAUUUUCAGCAAUUAGUAAAGGACACACCGAUCUACGUUAA